CCCGUUAAUGAACUCCGGUUCCAAAAACCCCAACCCAUUCAACACAUACCCGACCCCUACGACGCCACCCAAUGGCCAAAGGCUUGCAUUCAUCAGAAACUACACGAAAACUACUUAAACCCUGAAAUGAGCGAAGACUGUCUAUACCUCAACAUAUGGUCUCCAUCGGAACCUAAACCUACCGGUGCUCUCAUGCCAGUCAUGUUUUGGAUACAUGGAGGUGCCAUGCAGUUUGGGUCAUCCGUCGAAAAGUGGUAUUCCGGUCAAGCGUUAGCAGCUAUAGGUGACGUAGUAGUCGUCACCAUCAACUACCGGCUCAACAUAUUUGGUAUGCUAUAUACCGGUGCCAAACAUACCGGUGCCCCCGGCAAUAUGGGUCUUUGGGAUCAGGCGCUGGCACUCCAGUGGGUGGUCGACAAUAUAUCCUCAUUUGGUGGCGAUCCCCAUAAUAUUACUGUGUUUGGUCAGAGCGCCGGUAGUAUGUCGACCAGCGUUCACAUACUGUCGCCCAUAACCCGACACCUCUUUCAGAGGGCUAUUAUGAUGUCCGGCGCCGCCACUAAUAACGUAUGCACUCCUCAGACACUUGAGAGGGAAUGGUAUAAACGGGCCGUUAAUACCGGUUGUGGUGAUAGUGAUCCCAAUUCACAGGAAUUCACACCACAUAUGAUUGAGUGCCUACAGAAAGCACCGGUAGCUCAACUACUGAAAGCGGUCGGCCCCCAACUGACUGCUUGUGAACUGGAUUUCCUGGUGGACGGACAGUUCAUUCCCAGGAAUCCCAUCGAAAUGAUAAAGUCGGGCGACUAUCGUCAGGACUUGGAUCUACUGAUAGGAACGGUAGCCAACGAGGGUACUAUGGUUAUGGCGUUUUAUAUGGACCCUGUUAAGUUCAAUCGGUUCAAACCCCAGCCCAUAACCUAUGGGGAGGCCUACAAUUAUGUCGAGCAGUUAAUGUAUUUCUAUCCCCGACUCGUAAACAUUAGUUAUAGUAUCGAUGGACAGGCAGUGGCCGACCUGUACUUCGACGCAUUGGACAGACCGUCGAAGUACAGGUCGGCCACUGCCUGUCCAUCGAUACUAUAA